GGCCUCGGUGCUCAGGAACAAGGCAACCCAGAGCAUAUCAGAGUUCAGGUCAAGAACAACACUCUGGGCUUAGGAGCGCCUGCCAACCAGGGGGACAACUGGAUUGCUCAUCAGGAUGAUUUUAACCAGCUUCUGGCAGAACUGAACAACUGCCACGGGCAAGAAAUUCCAGAGGUGGCACCCAAGGAGGAGGAAAAGAAAACAUUUAGCUUGGAGGAGAAAUCGAAGACCUCUCAGAAACGGGUUCACUACAUGAAAUUUGCCAAAGGGAAAGAUCUCUCUAACCGAAGUGAAGAAGACCUCUCCUGCAUUUUUGGGAAACGCCAGUCCAACAAAAAGCAGGUCGGUGGUGCCAAGGCGGCCGCCCUAGAGGAGACCCCAAAAGAGAAGGAGGAACCGGACGAGGAACUCCCUGAACAAGUGGAGGCUGGAAACACAGUGACUAGCACCCUGACCGUGCAGGAAUAUUUCGCCAAGCGCAUGGCCAAACUCAAAAAAGGCCAGCCGAAGGUUGAUUCUGGAUCAGCUGUUCCUCCCUCAAUGGCCAUGGAGACGUCCGUGGGUUUGGAAUCUCAGCCUAAGAAAAAAAAGAGCCGUAAGCACGUUGAACCUGAAAGCGAGAGUCAACCUGAGCUGGGAGAUCUUGAGAUGCUUGACUCAAGUGGAGGAGAAGUGGGUGUCCUGGAGGCACAGAAAAAGAGGAAGAAGAAGAAGGAAAAGAAAAGAAAGAAGUCUAAGCACACCAGCCUUGACCCCAAACAGUCUUACAACGAAUCCCCCAAGAGCACCCAAGAGAAGAAAGUGGUUUACUCCGGAGCAUCAGAUGCAGAAAACAAUGAGGCAGAAGGGCCACGAUCAAAGAAAAAGGACAUGAAAAAGUGCAAAAAGCGAGGUAGAGAUACGGCCGAGGGUGUCCAAAGACCAAAAAGGAGAGAUGUUCCAGCUAACAGAAGUCCCCAGACUUUUUGACCUGAAUGGAAUGAUUGGCCUUCUGUUGGUUGAAGGCCAGUCAUGCCCAGUUGAUGUCUAAGCCAUCUUCUUUGAGCCCUUUUGCUUUAUAAAAGAACCGGUUGGGUUUGCUUUUUUUACUUAAACCAUUAUAGACCCAAAAAGAGAGUAUUUGGAUUUUCCAAACAGCUCCUCGAUUUAUGCCACACUCUUUUGUUUGGGUCUUCAACCCUUGAGCAAGGGCUGGAGUGGAGCUCAAAAAUUGAAUCCUAUCCCUUGCUGUGGAUCAGGAUGUCGAUCAAAUUUAAUAAAUAUGCCAUGGGUCGAAAACCUA